AUGGCAGCCGCGCCACCCGCAGCUGCCGCAGAGGCCGGGGAGGGGCCGGGAGAGGGUGGGGCGGGGGUGGCGUCCAGGAGGGGCUGGCCCUGCCAGGGCACCCACCUGCCCCUCAAGAGGACAGAGCUGGGAGGUGCCAGCAAGCCCCUGGCGGAGCCUGGCCAGGAGUGUGCGGCCAGCGCUGGGCCCGGUUCCGGAGGGCGGGGCAGAGCUGACCCGGGUCCCGGCAGCCCCGUCGGCGGCCGGCCCGAGAGCCGCAGCUGCCUGGAGCCUGGGUUUCCGGGCGAGCCGGCUGCUCGGAACCCGGAGGCUGCACAUUGUGGAGGGCCCCGCGGUGCCCGGACGCCCCCGUCAGAGCAGACCAGACUCGGCACAGAGGGCGGAGGGCGUCUCCGCUGCACCCUCAGCAGCCAGCGCGGCUCACGGCAGCGCCCUGCGGGGCCUGCCCUCGUCACUGAACAGUGGACCAGGACUGACCCCGUCCAGGCAAAUGGAGGCUCCCGGGGCCACGGUGGGACAUCACGGCAGCCUGGUGGCGGCCGGGGGCUCAGAGGAGGCGGCCUAGACCAGCCCCGAGGAGAUGCUGGACCUCAGAGGGGCACCGCCCAGCCUCCCCCCAUGAGCUGGCGCCAGAGGCGAGGGACCAGGCUGUUCCCGUGUGCAUGCAUGCUCCUGACGCAAAGGCCGCACACAUGCACGAUGAAGAAAUCAGGCAAUGUGCACACGCGGCGUCACGGAGGAAAACGGCUGAACACACUCUGCCGACGCGGGCGGUCUCCUUCGGGCACUUCCGGCAGGGCGGGGGGUGGGGUCUGUCUGUCCCUCUGUCCAUCCGUCCGCACCCCACAGAGGCUGCACCUUCUGUCCCACUGUGCACCGUGCAGCACGGCUUUUUCACGUGGUACGACAUCAAACGGCCUCAUAGCUCCCUCAGUUUUAGAAUAA